AUGAGGGCAUGCACCUUCCUUGUCGUUGCUGCCGCGAUGAUCUACGCCAUCGCUACACCCGCCACUGGCUGCGGUGAGUCAUAUGGGACGACAUCGAUUGAAGGUGGAUGGGAACUUAUCCCGAACAUCAACGACCAACAUAUUCAGGAUCUUGGCAGCUGGGCAGUUUUGGAGUUCCUCAAGCACGCGAACUGUGUGCUCAAGUUCAACAAGGUGGUGAGCGGCAAGGAGCAGGUCGUGUCCGGCAUGAACUAUGAGCUUAUCAUCGACGCGUCGGAUGCCAGUGGAAAACUUGGCACGUACAAGGCCGAGGUGUAUGAGCAGGAGCGGACCAAGACACGCAAGCUCGUAUCCUUCAGCAAGGCCAACUAG